GCGCUGCUGACGCCGGAACUCCCGACAACCCUUUGGACCUCACCGCCGGAAACCGAUGCCACGGAGAUCCCGUGCGGACCGCAGCCCUCGGGUAGAGCGUCGGGCCUAUCUGGCCCUCGGAGGCCUCGCCUCACUGGUGUGCGGGCGUCCUGAUGUCACGGCCGCUUCGCCUCCGCGGAGUAGCAGCGCCCACCUGCUGGCUGCGGUUCCAGGUUCUGGAGGGAGGGGAGAGCCUUGGAAGAACCCAAGAGGGCGACAGAUGGCUUCUCUCCAGACCAUGAGGAAUACGGUGGCACCAUUCUAUGUAUAAGAAAACAUAUCGUUGCAUGGCUUCCACAGCUACUGACUUAUCCAAACUGCACACUAACUGCCUAAAUUUUGUGUCUGCUUUGUCAUCAAACUAACCUUUUACUAAUUACUUAAAAAUCACACGACUUGCAGCUAAGUCAAAAGAACAAGCUUUUAUAAAAAGUCAUUUGAGAGCAUUUCUAAAUAUUUGUAACUGCAGCUGAAGAGAAUUUUACUCCAACAAAGCUAAUUGAAGAACUUAGACAAGUUUGUGUAUUAUUACUUCUAUCCAGAAGUUGAAGACCCUGCCUUUGAUUUUUAAGAACUGUGUGUAUUUAAUGAGAAUGACCUUUCGAUUUAAUUUCACAAUAGAAGAUCAUCUGGCAAAUAAAUUAGCACCCAUUGAAGAUGGAGGUUUGGCCCUGGAUUCCUCAAAAGAGUCUUCAGUCUCAGAAGGUGAAGAAGGUAAACAGAGGGACAGAAAAUGUUCUACUGUGCAUUCUGACUUGCCUCCAAAUCACUUGUGGAAACCUGACUCUGUGAGUAGUGCAGCUUUCUCUCAAGACACAGACAGCUCAUUCAAGGGAGUUAACAGUUCAAGUAACUUGGAACCACAUGAAAAACAGCCCUGCUUGAGAGUUGCCAAAGAACAUUCUAGGCCUAAUGAUAUCAAGAAGGUUUUAGAAAAUAAAGUGUUGGAAACAUUACCAGGCCUCCAGGAUGUGAAUGUACUCAUAGUGAAAACCAUCUUGUUGAAAGAGAACUUCUCUGGGGAAAACAUUGUUUCCAAAAGCUUUUCUUCACACUCUGAUCUUAUUACAGGUGUGUAUGAAGGUGGUUUAAAGGUCUGGGAAUGUACCUUUGACCUCUUGACUUACUUCACAAAGGCCAAAGUAAAAUUUGCUGGGAAAAAAGUAUUGGAUCUUGGCUGUGGAUCUGGGUUGCUGGGUAUAAUUGCAUCUAAGGGAGGGGCCAGAGAAAUCCAUUUUCAAGAUUAUAAUAGCUUGGUGAUUGACGAAGUAACUUUACCUAACGUCAUUGCUAAUUCCACUUUGGAAAAUGAAGAAAAUGACCUAAAAGAACCAGAAGUAAAAAGAGGCAGGAAAUCAAAAGUUGCACAGAAGUUGCAUCAGUGUCGGUUCUUCUCUGGCGAGUGGUCUGAAUUUUGUAAGCUUGUACUUGGCAGUGAAAAGCUCUUUGAAAAAUACGAUCUUAUUCUUACUUCUGAAACCAUUUACAAUCCAGAUUAUUAUGAUUCUUUACACCAAACGUUGUUUAGAUUGUUAGAUAAGCAUGGACAAGUGCUUUUGGCCAGCAAAGCACAUUAUUUCGGUGUAGGUGGAGGUAUUCAUCUCUUUCAGAAGUUUGUAGAAGAAAGGAAUGUAUUUGAGAUUAGAAUACUUGAAAUAAUUGAUGAAGGACUAAAGAGAGUGCUACUUGAGAUGACUUUUAAAUGCCCAAGUUAAUGCCUACUGAGUGUCCUAAAUGGAGUAAAGAGACUGACCAAAAA